AUGAAGCUGAAUUUGUUUAAGCGGUCCAUGAUUUUUGCGACUUUCUUUGGGUCCUGUCUAUGUAUAGCGUUAUUGGUCGCGUCUCUGGGAACCCAGCAUUGGGUAGAUGCAAGAGCGAGGCGGUUGCAAAACACUGAAUCCGAGGGCAGGAUUAACUUUGGACUGUUUGAGGGGCACAAAGAAUUGAAUUUCGGAUAUGGGUGGAGGCCACACGAUUUAAGUAUAGGCGCAGGAACUCAUCCUGCCCGCCGAUGGGCGUGGUGUGGUACAGCCGCCCAAUUAGCAGUAGCCCUAGCAGCUAGCGCGGGAGCAGCUGUAUUAGCCGCAUUGGCAUCUGCAGCCAGGCACUCAGCGCAGCCACGCCCACUUUUGCUCACUAAUUGUGCCACAGUACUAUUCUGUCUCGGCGCAAUGUCAGUGUGGCUCACUGAGUUCUUCCUCCGUCUGCAGCAUAACGUUAUGUCUGAGGAAGACCUCGCAAAUACAUGGUCUUCCGACCUAACGGCAGAUCUUGGGUUAUCCUUCUGGUUAGUCGUAGCAGCUGGCAUAUCAGCAUUUAUCAACAAUGUAUGCAUUUUAAUUGCAAUGUCAGAUGCGCCUGAUUCGGACGUCGCUGCCCCCGCGUUAGAGGAAAAAUUAAAUGGAGCUAUCAUGCUUUACUAA